GGCAAGUCCGAUUUCGUAUUCGGUGAUUGUGUACUGCAACCGCUCUGAUUUCCACUCGUCAAUCUGAAUCGAGGGAGGGUAUCUGGCGAAAGGAGGGGCGAAUGCGAAGUACGACUACAUUGGUGCGGGGCGUCACACCAUGCCUCUGGUAUCAAUUUGCUGCCUCGGACUGACUUACAAGAGGAGACCCUGGAAUUGGGAGGUGAGGGAAAAUUGCAUACGAAGACCUGUGCAGCUUUACGGUUUCAGAAUCAGCUUUCGAGAUGGACAUCCCUCGAUGAUCUCCUUUUUUGGUCAGUUAUAUAUACUCCCUCUGAAUGUCGAGGUUGGCUCCUUCAACACUUAGUCCUCUCCUACUCUUAGUCAUUCGUUGGAGGACUCCCGUGACAGCAUUCUCAAUUGCCCAAUAUGCGCAUCCAACUCUUCACCUCUCUCCUUCUAACCGCCAUUCCAUCGGGUUUCGCAAGCGCUCUCUACCCGCGCUCCGUUCUCAACGGGCCUUGCACGGGCAAAGACGGCGUCAUCGGCGUCUGCGUCCCCACCACCUCCUGCGACCGCGACAACGGCACCUACAUUCACAAUGCGUGCCCGGGUACACCCGAGAAUAUCAAAUGUUGCACCAAGCCGCACUGUCAGCUCGCGGCCCAGGCCGGCGACUGUCGCUGGGUGGAAAACUGUGGUGGCGGGAAGAGCCUGGUGCAGUAUUUGUGUCCAGGCCCCGAUGCAUUUAGGUGCUGCAUUACGAAUGAAAAUGCGACCCCGGAGCCAACACCGACACCGAAGCCGCAGCCGGAUGUGAACCUAGGGGAGAAGAUCCUUGCGAAAGCUAAGGAGGCGGAGGGAAUUCCAUAUCAUUGGGCCGGAGGAAACUGUAAAGGCCCUACUGGAGGUGGCUUCGACUGCUCUGGUCUCGUCUCAUGGGCGGUCUGUCAAGUCACAGGGCGUAAUCUCUUCAGCGAGGGUCUCCGUGUCACCCGGAGCAUGUAUUGCGCCAGCGCGUCGAAGCUGAAGUACAAGAAAGUCAAGUGGGCGAACCGCCGUGCUGGCGACGCCGUCUUCUUCGGUGGCAAGUGCGAUUGUGAAAACAACCCUGCGGGUAUUCAUCACGUCGGCUUGAUGAUGGAUGACGGGUAUACGAUGUGGAAUGCGCUGAAGACGGGCACGAAAAUUCGCAAGGAUAACUUCAAAAACUGGGAUGAGAGUGCUUGCCCUUAUGUUAUUCGGUUUGAUUGAGGGCGUAUCACUCUGGGCAGUACGAAUAAUGGAUGAUUGUGACAUCGGAAUACGGUCACCUUCUGUGAUGAGUUUUCCUUAGCUAGAUAUAAGCUUCUAAUGUAUAAGCUGGAG